AUGGAGAUAAUAGAGGCCGAUCCACGGCCAUUUCUACCUUCUGCCAUGUGUUGUGAGGCAAGGUAUUAUCAUGAUGACCUUGGUCCUUUCACCUUCUUUGGAGUCAACCAGAAUGGCCGUCCCCAUGGUGUCACGACCCAGAGGCUCAUUGAAGAAGGCCAGGAGGAAGAGGAACUACAGGAGGAAGUGUUAGAUUUCGCACCAGCUGCACUGGAUGACUCUCUGCCAGAAGUAGAAGAUCCUUUGCAGGAAAUAAACUUAGGAACAGGGGAGGAUCCAAGGCCUACCUUUAUCAGUGCACUAUUGAAAGAACCACUUAAGAAUGAACUCAUUACACUUCUAUUUGCUUGGCAUUAUCAUGAGAUGCCAGGAUUAGACAGGGAAUUGGUAGAGCACAAGCUGCCAAUCAAAGAGGGAUACCUACCAGUCAAGCAGGCCAGAAGGAGGAUGUCCAUGGACACAGAACUGAAAGUCAAAGAAGAAAUAGAAAGGCUGCUCAAGGCAGGAUUCAUCAGGCCUGCCAUCUAUGCUGAUUGGCUAGCUAACAUUGUACCGGUUCUAAAAAGGAAAACUGGGGCAGUCAGAAUCUGCGUGGAUUACAGAAACCUGAAUGAAGCCUCUCCCAAGGAUGAGUACCCUAUGCCAAUGGCAGACAUGCUAGUAGAUGGAGCUGCUCACAACCAGAUGCUAUCUUUUAUGGAUGGCAACGCAGGUUACAAUCAGAUCAUGAUGGCAGAAGAAGAUAUCCACAAGACAGCCUUCAUGUGUCCAGGGCAUAUAGGUGCUUUUGAAUACACUGUAAUGCCUUUUGGCUUGAGAAAUGCAGGGGCUACCUAUCAAAGGGCAAUGAAUUCUGUUUUCCACGAUAUGAUUGGACAUUCCCUGGAAGUUUAUAUUGAUGAUGUUGUGAUUAAAUCACCAGAGGAGGGAAACCACAUGACAAAUCUAAAAAGAGCAUUCCUAAGAAUGAGGCAAUAUAAACUGAAAAUGAACCCAAUGAAAACUCUGACAGAAGUGGAAAGAAAAUAUUCUGCAAUUGAAAGACUUUGCCUAGCCUUGUACUUCACUGCUGUAAAGCUCAGACAUUACAUGCUGCCAUACACCAUCUAUAUCAUUGCCAAAACAGAUCUGAUCAAAUACAUGCUAACAAGACCAAUGCUGAGAGGCAGAAUUGGAAAAUGGACCUUGGCCUUGACAGAAUUUGCUUUCAGAUAUGUUCCUCAGAAAGCUGUCAAAGGACAAGCUGUGGCAGACUUCCUAGCAGAUCAUCCCGGGGAGGAGAUUGAAAAUAUGGACUCUUUAGACAUAGCAAAUGCAGAUCUAUUAACCAGAGCUCACACCUGCCUCAACAAUCCUAUCUAUUCAGUUCAUCUUGCACCUUGGAAGUUAUACUUUGAUGGAUCAAAAACGGAUAUAGCUUCCGGGACAGGAAUUGUUUUGGAAGAACCACUUGGAAUCAGACACUGCUACUCUUUCCAAUUGGAUUUCCAGUGUACCAACAACAGGGCAGAAUAUGAGGCCUUAAUCAUUGGCUUGGAAAUGUUGGUAGAACUAGGAAUCCAAUCUGUGGAAAUUCUGGGAGAUUCCAUGCUGGUUUUAAAACAAAUUGCUGGGGAAUACAAGUGCCUAAGCCCUUCUCUAGCCGUCUACUUGGUGGCAGAUUGGAAUCUUCUGACAGAAUUCAGAGAAGCCACUUGGGAACAUAUCCCAAGGGAAGAAAAUUUUGCAGCCAAUGAAUUGGCUCUGGCGGCAACAGGCGUACAAAUGCCCGAAGAUUGUGUACAAAGAAUCAUCAGGAUAGGGAAGAAAAGCCUACCAUCUAUUCUGACAAGACCAACUCUGCCCUAUGAAAAGAGAAUCAGAAUCAUGGCUUUAUACUACCUUAUGUGGAAUGAAGAUUUGAUCCGAAAAAGUAAGGAUGAGGUGCUUUUAAGGUGCCUCGGAAAGAAAGAAUACAUGAAAGUCAUGGGGGAAACCCAUGAAGGAAUCUAUGGAGCACAUCAAGGUGGGAGGAAAAUGUGCUGGUUAAUUAGAAGAUAUGGCUACUUCUGGCCAACCAUGAUGAAAGAUUGCAUUAACUAUUCCAAGGGAUGUGAAUCUUGUCAAAGACACGGUCCAAUCCAGCAGGCUCCAUCAGUUCACAUGAAUCCAGUAGUAAAGCCAUGGCCCUUUAGAGGAUGGGCAAUGGACCUCAUUGGCAAGAUCUAUCCAGCCAGCAGCACUGCUUUAUCAUUGUUGCCACAGACUAUUUCACUAAGUGAGUAG